CCUAUCACGGAGGUUGUACUUCCGAGUUCCUAGUCGGAAGUCUCAACUAGAACACGCGGCGCUACUCGCAUCAACAACGGUGUGUGAGGACGAUGUCAAGUGAGCAGCAAGAGAAUAAUAGCUCCCAGCAGAGCAAAAAUGACGGCUUCAGCAGGGACCAGACGCUGUUCCUGAUCGUCCUGAUGCGGCAGUACAUCAGCGGGGAGGAGGGCGGCCUCCCCGGGGGAGAGGAGGGCCUCCCCGGGGGUGAGGAGGGCCUCCCCGGGGGAGAGAAGACCAGCCUCCCCGGGGGAGAGGGGACCGACCUCCCCGGGGGAGAGAAGACCAGCCUCCCCGGGCGGGAGAGGACCGGCCUCGGCCCCCCCGGGACCCUGCAAGACCUCAACACCCGGCUCAAGCGGGCCAGACCCAACAAGAAGCUGCUGUGGGAGGAGGUCUCCACGAGGUUGGGGCUUCACUUCCAGCAGAGCUUCUGCCCCGUCAAGGUGGCCCGCAAGUGGAGCACGCUGGUGGAGGGCUACAGGAGGGUGAAGAAGGACGGCCGCAGCCGCAAGUGCGCGGGGAAGCGGGCGAUGCGCUUCAAGUUUUACACCGAGAUGGACAACCUGCUGGGGCUGGAGCAGGACGUGGUGUUCCCCGUCAUCGUCGGGGGGGAGGACACGCUGGACCUGGACGCGUCCCCCCGCCCUGCUGCUCUCAAAUUCCCCAAACCCGCACCCCAUAAACGCAGGCGGAUGGAGGAGGACGUGAUGGAGUUCCUGCGCCAGUCCGAGUUGGCCAGCCAGCAGCGCCAUGACGAGAUGAUGGCACAGCUCAAGUCCUCACAGCGCUGCUUUGAUGUCCUCAUGACCAAGUUACUCAACAAACUGUGAUUGUUUUCAAUGUGCAUGAGUUUCUCUAAAAGUUUAAACAAUAUCCUUAUUUAUGCUUCAGUUAAGGUACUGCAGCAAUAUAGCAGAAAAAGCUGCCUUAUCAACCACAAGUCAACAGCUCGGUUCAUAGCGACUGGUUUCAGGUGGGCCUCCUUUGAGACUGACAUUACAACUUUGUGCUACCCAUUUGAGAAGUACAAUAAAUGCAGAAUGAUGUAAAGUUGGGUGACAAAGAUGAGUAUGCUGGAUUAUUCUUCUGAUCUGAGUCUGUGAUGUCACAUGCAAACCCAAAUUACAGUGUAUUUGUGUCAGUAGUGACUCCAAACAUUUUUUUGCCAUUCAUUCAAGCCAAUUUUUACAUUUAUAGACAUUUUUGUUAAUUCCUCCACAAAUAAAUCUGCAUAUUUGAUAAAAAUGUUUAUUUUGUUAAUUUUCUUAACUUCUUCUCCCCUGCUAAUUAUUCAUCAGAAAUACUGUACACAAUUGAACCCAUGUUUUGUGUGUGU